AUGGACCAUCAACAAUCGGCCGCGCCGGGCUCCCUGAGCUGGCGCCUGAGCUCGCACCCCAUCACAUUACUUACCUUCCUGGCCUUUCGAUCAUCCAGUCUCCUAGUCUACCUCUUCGGCCUCCUCUUCACCUCGAACCUCGUCCUUAUCUUCAUCAUCACCAUCCUCCUCCUCGCAGGCGACUUCUACUACUUGAAAAACAUCGCGGGCCGACGACUCGUCGGGCUCCGCUGGUGGAACGAGGUCGAUCCAUCGUCGGGCGACUCUAAGUGGGUGUUUGAGAGCAGCGAGCCCGGCACAAAGGUCAUCAACCCCACGGACAGCCGCUUCUUCUGGCUCGCCAACUACAUCCAGCCGCUGUUGUGGGUUGCCUUGGCGAUACUAGCGCUCGUGCGGUUCAUGUUCAUCUGGUUGCCUCUUGUUGCUAUCGCAUUGGCAUUGACGAUUACAAACUCCUUGGCGUUCUCCCGGUGCGACAAAUUCAGCCAGGCGUCCAACAUUGCAGGAGGCGCCUUCUCCGCGACAGGCAUGGCUGGCAACAUCGCGAGCGGUAUGGUGGGGAGGUUCUUCAACAGGGGCUAG